AUGGAAAAGUACACUGCCUUUGGAGGAGAAAAUGUGAACCCAGCUUAUGAGGAGUCGACGGACAAGCCGCCGCUUUAUGAAGAGACAUCCUUCUCAGGCGCUGCUGGGAAUGGUUUCCAAAAUGGAAGCAGGCCCGAGCGCAGGGAGGGUAGAAUUUCGGUCAUCAGUGCCUUUGGUCACAACACGUUGGACAGGGUGCCCCGUAUCGAGUUCUACCGCAACGCAGGCAGUCUCAGUGGGCACCGGGCCAUAAGACCCUCCCUGCAGGAACUCCACAAUGUCUUCCAAAAGAAUGAUGUCCUGGCAACUCCAGACUCUGUGGCUGAGAUGGAUGAGAGUGAGGGGACCCCCAAUGACGAUGUGGAGUCAGUCAUUCUGGAGGAGAACAAAGGUGGAAUGGUUAAAUUUGGCUGGAUCACCGGUGUACUGGUAAGAUGUAUGCUGAACAUUUGGGGAGUGAUGCUUUUCAUCCGCCUUUCAUGGGUGUUUGGUCAGGCCGGUACUGGUCUGGGAAUUGUGGUCAUUCUCCUCAGUGUUGUGGUGACCAUCGUCACAGGACUCUCAAUGUCUGCCAUCUGUACCAAUGGAGUGGUCAGGGGAGGGGGAGCAUACUACCUCAUCUCCCGCAGUUUAGGACCGGAGUUUGGCGGGUCGAUCGGCCUGAUUUUUGCAUUCGCCAAUGCUGUGGCAGUGGCCAUGUAUGUGGUCGGGUUCGCAGAGACAGUGGUGGAUCUUCUGAAGGAGAACAAUGCCAUAAUGGUGGACGACAUGAAUGACAUCCGAAUCAUUGGAUGCAUUACAGUUGUUUUGCUUUUGGGGAUCUCAGUGGCUGGAAUGGAGUGGGAGGCUAAGGCCCAGAUUAUCCUGCUGAUUAUCUUGCUGGUGGCCAUUGUAAAUGUGUUUGUAGGGACAUUCAUUCCGGCCACACAAGCCAAGAGAUCCAAAGGCUUCUUCAAUUAUCAUGCAUCUAUAUUGAGAGAAAACUUUACGCCGGACUUCCGAGAUGGAGAGACAUUUUUUUCUGUCUUUGCAAUCUUCUUCCCUGCAGCCACAGGCAUUCUAGCAGGUGCAAACAUCUCUGGGGAUCUGAAGGAUGCCCAGGCUGCGAUUCCCAAAGGAACCCUGCUUGCUAUCGUUAUCACUGCAAUCACAUAUCUGGCUGUGGCCCUCUGCGUCUCUGCAACUGUAGUGCGUGAUGCAACUGGCAAUGUCAACAACACCAUCGCAGCUGAGGCUAGCUGUAAUUUUUCAGUCGCCUGUGAUUUUGGAUAUGACUUUUCAUCCUGCAAGGAGGGGGGCUGUACAUUUGGCCUCAUGAAUAACUUCCAGGUGAUGACCAUGGUGUCUGGUUUCGGCCCACUGAUCACAGCAGGAACGUUCUCUGCUACCCUUUCCUCUGCUCUUGCUUCACUGGUUAGUGCACCCAAAGUCUUCCAGGCCUUGUGCAAAGACAAUAUUUACAAGGCGCUGGGCUUCUUUGCCAAAGGACAUGGCAGAAACAACGAGCCCCUCCGCGGAUACGUCCUCACUUUCUUCAUCGCUGUGGCUUUCAUUUUGAUAGCCGAACUCAAUGUCAUCGCUCCCAUUAUUUCCAACUUCUUCUUGGCCUCCUACGCUCUCAUCAACUUCUCCUGUUUCCAUGCCUCUUAUGCUAAAUCACCAGGGUGGAGGCCUGGCUACAGAUUCUACAACAUGUGGCUGUCUCUGUUCGGAGCGGUGCUGUGCUGCGCCGUGAUGUUCGUCAUCAACUGGUGGGCAGCGCUGCUCACGUAUGCCAUUGAGAUCUUCCUCUACGUCUAUGUCACUGUGAAAAAACCAGAUGUUAACUGGGGCUCCUCAACCCAGGCAGUGACGUUUGUACAUGCCAUGAACAAUGCACUGAGUUUAACCAAAAUAGAUGAACACGUCAAGAAUUUCAGGCCACAGUGCAUUGUGCUGACUGGUGCACCCAACACAAGACCAGCUCUUCUUGACAUUGCGCACUCCUUCUCCAAGAACUAUGGGCUAUGCCUCACCUGCCAAGUGUUCUUGGGGCUGAAGACAGAUAUGAUCCAGGAAAUUAACAUAGGCAUGGAGAAUCACCAAGCCUGGCUCAACAAGAAAAAACGCAAAGCCUUCUACGCAGCAGUGGCCAGCGAUAGCUUCAGGGAAGGAGUUCAGAGCCUGCUGCAAGCUGCAGGCAUUGGCAGACUCAAACCAAAUACACUGGUGAUUGGGUUCAAGAAAGACUGGAAGAGAGCGAGUACAACGGAUGUUCAAAGCUAUGUUGGUGUGCUGCAUGAUGCAUUUGACUUAGAAUAUGGAAUCGUGGUGCUCAGGAUCGGCCAGGGACUCGACAUCACUCACAUUCUUCAGGCUGAAGAGGAAAUGGAGAGACUGACAUUAGAACAGCAGUCCUUGGAGAGGAUGGAUUCCCAAGAUGGGGGUGGUAAAGGGCUAUUCAAAUGGUCCAGGAAAUCCUCAAAGCAAGUUCUUACAAAAGCUUCAGUGAUUUCACCUCAGUCUGCCCAGGCAGCUAAAGUUAGCCCGAGGCUGGUGGAGUCCAGCACUCAGUUCCAGAAGAGACAGGCCAAAGGCACCAUUGAUGUGUGGUGGCUCUUCGACGAUGGAGGCCUGACACUCCUAAUCCCCUACAUCCUGACCACACGCAGGAAAUGGAGGGACUGCAAGAUGAGGAUCUUCAUUGCAGGGCAGACUGACCGCAUUGAACAAGACAGAGCAGAAAUGGAGUCCCUUCUGUCAAAAUUCAGAAUCAAAUGCAGUGACAUUAACAUCAUUAGUGACAUCAACACGAAACCAAGUUCAGAGAGCUGGAGAACAUUUGAGGACAUGAUUAAGCCAUUCCGCCUUCAUGAGGGCACCAAAGACAUGGCUAGUGCUGAUUCAAUGAGGAAGGACAGCCAAUGGAAGAUCACUGAUGCCGAAAUGGAGAUAUUGGAAGAGAAGACACGCCUGCAGGUCCGGUUGAAUGAACUGCUCCAGGAGAACUCAAGAGCAGCUAACCUCAUCAUUGUGAGCAUGCCCAUUGCUCGGAAAGGGGCCGUUUCUGACCACCUCUACAUGGCCUGGCUGGACAUCCUCACUAAGAACCUUCCACCCACCCUGCUGAUCAGAGGAAAUCACAAGAGCGUACUGACAUUCUACUCUUAA